GGAGAGCAAUUAACAUGUGACAGCGAGAGGUCCUCACUUGAAAGAGAACUACUGAGGAAAAAGAAAAAAAUACCCUGGGCAGAUCUUGAUCAGAAAUACAGGAAAUUAUGUUGUCGUCAUGGUUACAAAAGCAGAGUGGUAACAGUAUUUCAUUGCUCAGUCGGGUGUGUUAGAAAACGUGGUUAAUGCCGGACCAGGAGGUGCCACUUUUAACACUGCAAUGAUCAGAUCACUUGACACAACACAGACACAAAAACUGGGGCACAAGAAAGUGUUGAUUUCAUAACUGACCCCAUGGAGCUAGUAGCAGCUACAAACACCACCCACAAUGACUCAGACACCUGUACCAACCUCUAUGACCAUCGUGGUUGGGCACAGUAUUUCCUGCCUACAGUGUAUUCUCUGAUUUGCAUUGUGGGAUUACUGGGAAAUGUAUUGGCUUUGCAUGUCAUCUGGCCUAAUUUAAAAAAAAUAAACUCCACAACUCUGUAUUCUGCCAACCUGGUGGUGUCGGACAUCUUGUUUUUGCUUGCUCUGCCCUUGCGUACGGUUUACUAUGCCAAUGGGUUCCACUGGCCGAUGGGGGAGGGUUUGUGCAAAGCCGUGGCGCUGCUGUUCUACAUCAACAUGUACGCCGGCGUCAACUUCAUGACUUGUUUGAGCGUGGACCGUUUCAUUGCAGUGGUGCUGCCGCUGCGCUUCUCCCGAUUCCGAAAGGUUCAGAAGGUGCGGUACAUCUGUGCUGCUGUAUGGGUCCUUGUGUUGAUGCAGACCCUGCCUUUGCUGUCAAUGCCCAUGACAAACGUGGAAAAAAGUGGUCACAUAACGUGUAUGGAGUAUCCCAACUUCGAGAAGAUUGACAACCUGCCUGUCAUGCUCAUCGGUGCUGUGUUGCUUGGCUUUGGCAUCCCUGUGAUCACCAUCCUAGUGUGUUAUUCCGCACUGUGCUCCAAGCUCCGCCUCCUGGCCAAGUCUAAUAAACUGACAGAGAAGUCGGGUCGUAGUCGCAAAGCCAUUGGCGUGAUUUGCACCGUCAUUCUUGUGUUUGUGGUGUGCUACACCCCUUAUCACAUCGACCUCCUGCAGUACAUGAUCAGAAAGCUGCGGUACAAGCCAGACUGCUCAGAACUGCAUGAUUUUCAGAUCUCCCUUCACAUCACUGUCUGCUUAAUGAACCUUAACUCAUGUCUGGAUCCCUUCAUCUACUUCUUUGCCUGCAAGGGAUACAAGAAGAAGAUACUCAAACUGCUCAGGAAGCAAGUGAGCAUGUCCUUCUCGAGCGUGGCCAGGACCUCGCCUGAAGGCUCCUCCAAAGACGUGUUUGCUAACGACAAAAUCCAUAUGAGCACCAGAAGCACUCAGAAAGAGAGGAGCAGUGUGCUGUUGAGCACCAGCAAUGGUUUUGAAAGAUAAACAACAACAAGAAAUGCAGUUCACUGUCAAUAUGAGACUUAUCACAGCAAAUUUCUUACCUCUGGAUUACUUUACAUGCUGUUCAAGUUAUUGUUUUGGAUGGUUGUUAAUAUUUUGUUAUGCUGUUUAAAGAUUAUUGCACAUUUGUCUUGCAUAUUGUAGUUCAUUUGUUCUUCAUUUUUUUUAAAUUGAUCUUUUGAAUAAUAAUAAUAAUAUUAAAGCUGCAAGCAGCGAUGAAAGGGCCCUCGCACCCAGGCUUAUCGCCACCCUGUAGCUUCAGGAAGACUGGGAACGGUGAGUAAUAUGCAUUUAAAGAAGCAAAUAUAGAAGGAAUAUGUCAAAGUUAUUUAUAUGUGCCAAACUUCCUGCUGCCAGAUGGUGGCACUAUGUCUAUAACUGAACAUUGGCAUGUAGAUGUCUUCAGACCAGUACUUUUAUAAAACGUUUAGUGCAGAUUGAACAUGGUAUAACUGAGUUAGUGUAAAGCAUGACAUAUCAUGUUGUCAACAGGUGGCACUAUGAUUAUAAAGGAAUAUUUGCAUUAA